AUGAAGAGUAUGGACUCCAACGACUUUUUCGAGACGGUCUCCAAACGCCCGGAUUUGUUGCCUCAAUACCUGGAUGCUGCAAAGGAGGAAGGCAUGGCAGGCCCUGGAAACGCUGUCUGUGUCCGGACUGCUGACUUCAUUGAGAAGCACAUUCCGCUCAGCAAGAGGGCCCCCAUGGUCGACCUGGGCUGCGGCGAUGCUGCCCUGGCGGCCGAGUUGGCGCUACGCGGCUGGGCAAAGGUGACCAGCGUGGACGCUGCUCGCUUGGCACCCCGCGUAGUAGUUCAGAAUUUGGGUUCGCUUCCAGAUGAUUGGACAGAUCGAUACGAAGUGGCAGUUCUUUGCAGAGCCCUUUGGAGCCUUGACUACUUGAAGGUGCUUGAGGAGGCGCAUCGAGUUCUUCGGAAAGAGCCUGAAGCUCGACUGGUGGUGGUGGAACCCUUCCGGCGAUGGUGGGGACGUGGUCAGGACGGUGGAGAGCUGGAGAAUCAGUUAUUGAGCGCACUUGAGAGGGCCGGCUUUCACCUCUUGUUGGAGGAGAGUGAGAAUUUCCGGAUGCCCGUGGCCGCCGUGGCCGACGUGGGCAAAUCUGCCACCAAAAGUCUGUUCCAAUUCCUGUUGGCUUCUCCGGUGCCUGGUGAGGACAAAGCUCCUGAGUCACAAAGCUGGGGGUAAAAGU